AUGCAAAGGACGAAAUAUUUCAAACAGAUAAUUUGCAUAGCCCACAAUGCGAAAGCGUUUGACACUCAAUUUAUUUUGAAAUAUAUUGUAGAAAAUCGUGUCAAUCUCGUGCCGAAAGUGAUUUUGAACGGGACAAAAAUCGUCGUAUUAACAGUUGGACAUACAAAGUUUAUCAAUAGCGUGAAUUAUAUGCCAAUGCGAUUAUCCGAUUUGCCGAAGGUUUUUGGGUUGAAGGAUAUAUCGGGUAAAGGCAUUUUUCUGCAUUUAUUCAAUACUAUCGAAAAUCAAAUGUAUGUCGGGCCAUUACCCGAUGCGCAUUAUUACUCUCCCGAAACCAUGAAAUCAAAAGAGCGCGUAUGCUUUCUGCAUACGGACAUGCGAUUAAAAAACACCGUGUUUGAUUUUCAACGCGAGAUAGUACAAUAUUGCCGUACCGAUGUUGAUAUACUUCGACGAACGUGCAUGGCGUUUAGAAAAAUUUUUAUAGCCCGCGGAAAUGUAUGUCCGUUCGAGGAAUGUACAAUUAUUGCUUCAACGUGUAUGACAGUUUUUCGAAAAAACUUCUUACAGCCGAAUACAAUAAGCGUCAUUCCAGCGGACAGAUACAGAAAAGCGAAUAUACAUUCGCACAAAGCUCUACAGUGGUUGUUAUGGAAGGAGCGCGAGCUCGGUCAUCCUAUAAAACACGCAGGGCGUGCGCGCGAAUACCGUACGAUCGACGGCACACUCGUCGAUGGUUAUUAUGAAGAAAUAUCGGAAACGGGAGUAACGUUGCGUCACGUGUUGCAAUUCCACGGUUGCUUUUGGCAUGGAUGUACGUCGUGCUUUCCGAUAAAUCGCAAUAGACCGCUUUUGUCGGCCGAGGAACGUAGAGAUACGAUUGACUCGCGAUACGAGCGAACUCUUGCAAUCUUGAGGCAACUUCGGCAGCAGGGGUACACGCUGACGGAAAAGUGGGAGUGUAGCUUUGAUCGAGAAAUGCGGGAUAAUCGUGAGAUGCGUGAAUUUCUCGAGAGUCAUCCGAUGGUAAAAACAGCACCGCUCGAUCCUCGCGACGCAUUUUUUGGUGGACACACGGGAAAUAUCGCGACUCUUUGCAAAAUCACAGGUGCGGAGAAAAUACGCUACGUAGACGUAUGUUUGUUAUACCCGUAUGUAUUGAAGACGGGUGUUUUCCCUAUCGGUCAUCCCGACAUUUAUAUCGGCGAUAAAUGUUCAACUUUAAUCGGUACGGCUCCGAAUUAUAAUUUCGACAUCGUCCAAGGUCUUGUACGCUGUACGAUACUUCCACCGCGCGAUUUAUUUCAUCCGGUACUCUCGUAUCGCGCGCACGGAAAAUUAUUAUUCGCACUGUGUCGUAGUUGCUGUAAAACAUUUUCGCAAACGGAGUGUACGCACGAGCCUAGCGAACGCGAAUUCAAGGGUACGUGGGUGAGCUGCGAAUUACGCAAGGCCGUCGAAAAAGGUUAUCUCGUGACUAAAGAGGCAAGAGGAUGGCCGAGUGAAUGCGCGGACGAUGAUGCUAAAGAGCAAUACCUGCGGGAGUACGAGAAAACCGAAGGUAUUGUUCUCGAUAAGCGUAACAUCUCGCAAAAUCCCGGUUUACACUCGGUUGCUAAGCUCUGCUUAAAUUCGUUUUGGGGAAAAUUCGGCCAACGAUCCAAUUUGCCAAAUAUCGAAAUUGUUAAGUCACAUCAGCGUUUUAUGUUAUUAUUAACAAGUCCCGAGCACGAGAUAACCGAUAUAUUGCCAAUAAACGACGAGGCAAUAGCGCUUAGUCGUGUAUUAUAUUACGAUACCGAUUCUUGCAUUUAUGUGAGCACCGGCGAACCGGAUAAAUAUGAACCUCGCACCAGUAAUUUUCUAGGCGACAUGAUUGAUGAACUCGAGAGCUAUGGCCGCGAUAGUUACAUCGAGGAAUUCGUGUCCGGCGGUUCGAAAUUUUACGUCUACAUUGUGCGAACACCUAACAAAGUUAUACACGAAACUUGCAAAGUUAAAGAUGUACUAGAUCAGCUGGGAAACACCAAGUACUUCAUUACUCUGGAUCUGGCAUCAGGAUAUCACCAGAUACCAAUGGCGGAGCAAGACAAAAGCAAGACAGCCUUUUCAACCCCCUACGGACACUACAAAUUUAAUCGAAUGCCGUUUCGAUUGAAGAACGCGCCGGCAACUUUCCAACGCCUAAUAAAUUCAGUACUCACGGGGAUACAAGGACUCAAAUGCCUAGUAUACCUAGACGACAUCGUUAUCUAUCUAUGGAUCCAGUCUGGAGAAUCAUAA